CAUUUUUUUCAAAUCCGUUACCUCAUUCUCAGUGGCCCCCGUGCGUGCGUUCUUUCGCGUGUUUCUACAUUUGCGUCUCAACCAAUUUACGUUGUGCAGAUCUUAUCAGAUCAAAUCACUCCACUAGAUCUUCGUUUUCCCCUACCAAACAAUCAAUCAACCAAUCGAUUCAAUUCAAUUCGAAAAUCUCUGUAUAAUACUUGCAGCUAGGGUUUCCGAUCAUCAUUCAGAUUCAAUUGGUUCAACCUGUAAAGAAACCUAUAAUUUCUAUAAACAAUUUGUGUUAUAAUCGAUUAAUAUGAACAAUUCUGGAAAACAACAAUCUGUGAGUGAUCGAGAGGUGGAUGAACAUGAACAACAGCAAUCGAACGAUGAUUCGUCACCGGUAUCCACCGGUGCCAGUGAGGAUGCUCCGACGAACGGAAACGACGCCGGAUUUGCUGAUCGGUUGACGGAUUUGCUUGUCGGUGAAGGAGACCGCGAUAGUGAUCUGUUGAUGCAACGAAACACGCAACAAGGCACGGUUAUGCGGUGGCUACUAGCGCUCGAUGUGCACGUGAUGGGCGCGUGUCGUGCUGAUGAGAGGUUGAAGCCAUUGCUUAAGGUUAAUGCUUCUAGUGGUGCUGAAGAUCGAUUGUUGUCGCAUUUAAGUCAGCAUUUUGAGCCGUCGGAAGUCGGUUUGCUCGCAAGGUGUUUGUGUAUUCCUCUCGCGUCUGUUCGUGUUGGAAAGGUUAAGAAACAAGGGACUCUUUUUACUCCAACCAAUGCAAGGGGUAACCUAGUAAUUUCCCUCUUGCCAACUUCGGAUUUGUGCAUAUCAUUUCUAUCGGAUGAUGGGUAUACAGAGACGCUAUCAAUUUUAAGAACCAUAUCAGAUUGCUCAUCUGUCAAAAUUGAGGCAAUCCCGACAGAUAGCUCUGGCCGAUCUUUCGCUGUUAGAAUCCCCAAUAAGGACCCUUUCUACUUUUGGUGCUCUGAGAAGUCCCGCCUUCUCGGUAAUGAAUUGCUUGAAAAGAUGAAAGAUUUACUCGAGCGGAAGCCUUCCCUUGCUGAACUGUCUGGGAUUAGUGAUUCUCGUCUUGAACGUUUCGUACGUCAUCUUCGAGCUAAUUUUCUCGGUUCAAAUACCACUUCUGAAGAUGGUCAAACCUCACAAUCUCAAUACUUGUUAACAAAGCCUUCACGACCCCGAACCUGCAACUUUCAAGUCGUCCUGAGUCCAAGACCCAGUUCUUUCAAGUUGAGGCGAAGGGCGGAUGCGGUUCGUAUCGAAACUUCUGAAAAGCAUCCCGUUUCUUGUCCGUCUACUUCAAACCAUGGAAAGCGGAAGGUUCUAGAUUCUUCCUCUGGAACUUGCUUGUUCCCAUCGUUACCCAUACCGUCAUCAAUCUCACUCCCUCAAAUAUCUUCUCCAUAUUACUGUUGGUGUCCACCUGUUGUUUCGGUUUCGGUUUCGACUCUACAAACUGAUUCAUUCACAUUACCGCCUCUUUCGUCACUGCUUCCAAAGCCGUCUCCAAAUCUGUCUGAAAUCCCAUUUCUACCCUUGUCUAUGUCGGCUUCUUCACAGCAGAUCCCGGUGUUCACCCCGCUCAUGUGUGACCCGAUAGUUCACCUUCCGGUAAUGAAUUUCUGUUCGUCUGGUCAAGCUUACCUGGUGAACAGUGGGCCUGCUAUAAGUGUAAGCAUUCCUCCGUUGAUCCAAGAAAGCACGGAGUCCGAGAAGAGUGCCAGGGAUACGCUACGGGUCCUGAUAAGCGGGUCUGGUCAGUUUCCAUCGGUUGUGGCCGAGAGUGAUGGCAUGGGUUUGGUUUCGGCAGGCAUCAUGAGGUGUAUUGAGCAAGGUGAGAGUAGUGGUACGGGUUUGAAUAAGGAUGAUUCGAGUGAAGAGAGUGAGUUUUGAUUCUGGAUGUAUGUUUUUGGUGCAUAUAUGUGUGUGUGUUGUAAUUAGAUGUGGAAGUUAUCUUACCUUUCUAGAGUGAUGAUGCUCGUAAACAAUUCAAAGUACAAACUACUACUCACUUAACACAACAAGCAGUUGAAUAUAGGGAAUAUCCCGUAUUCAUCGAAUGCACUACGGUUUCUAAUAUUGCAUUGAAUGAUGAAUGCAUGUAUUCAUUGAUAAA